CUGAUGCACUAAAUUGCUUCAAUAUUAAUUCUUGCACUUUAAAAAAUGAGCGGUCAAUUAGAUGACCAUGCGCUGGUUGAUUUAAUAGAAUCCUUCCCCAUACUCUACGACAAGGACAGUGCUCGCGGCAUGCAGAAUGCAUCUCGCAAGGACGCCGCCUGGAAGACCGUCUCGCUUAAGCUCGGUGCGUCAGAACGCGCUUGCAUAACGCGCUGGAAGAGUAUAAGAGACAGAUUUGGCAAGGAGUUCCGUCGAUUCCAAGAACAUCCUAACGAGCCGACCUACUGGGAUAUGUUUCCGCGUCUGCUCUUCCUCAAGGAUCACUACAAACACGGUCUGGUGAAGCACGAGAGUCUGGAUGGCAUGAAGUUUCUGCCUAAAGAGCGGCGGCGGCGAGUGCGCUCCCGUUUUGGUGAGAGCGAGAAAAAGCUGGAGGAAGAGGAAGAACAGGACCAAGAAUCGAUUGAGUUGAAUCAGCGACUCAUUGAGUUGGUCAAAAUCCAUCCCGUUCUGUAUCAUCGGAAACAAAUACGCGACUCAAAUAAUUUAUCAGCCAAGAACGAUGCUUGGCGCCUUAUUUCGGAAAGUCUGGAGGUGUCGGAGGAACUCUGCUACAAUCGUUGGAAGAAGCUGCGGGAUCGCUUUGCCCGCGAAUAUCGUAACCAUCAGAUCAAUCAGAGCCAGCCCGUAACAUGGCGCUACUACAACAAUCUGCAAUUUCUGGCUCACCACUAUCGCAAGGGCGUGCCGUUGAUCAUUGAGAAUUUAAAGCGGCCAGGACGACCAUCAAAAGGCCAAAGCGAGAUUACGGAAAUCAGCCCUAGCAGCAUGUAUAUGGGUGCUAGCCCACAAGUCUGGGGUGCAGAUUAUCCAUACAGCUCCGAUAACGAGGAACUGGAGGAAAACGAGGAACGUUAUGAUGAUCCGGAUGACGAGAUUGCUGUAAUCUCCGAUGCCGGCCAGGUAACGAGAUACGUACCAUCCUAUGACCAAUUCAUUCAAGUGACAACAUCCCCGCCACCGGAACAGCAACUGGAACAACAAGUCCAGCAGGAGCAGCAGACCUUCAUAGUCGAAGAAGAGCCAACUUUGAUGGUAGAACAGCAGCAACAACCACAGCAGUUGCAUCUCAGCACCAACACAACGCCAUCAUUGGAGGAGACUCAGUUGCAUAGUGAAAGCUUUGCUGUUGGUGGUGAAGAAGUGCUGAUCGAUCCAUCUACCACGGUUAGCAAUUCUGGUGACGAUCCCACUCCUGCUCCCGAAAAACUGAUUGGGAAUGUGAUUUCCAACAUAGAGACUGUGCUGCGGCAGUCGAAGGAUUGUUUGCAGGCACUGCAUGCACAAAACCAAAGGCAUCAACUAGAGCUGGAGGCCACCACGACGGCCGCACAAAUGGGUACCAGCGCCAAUCAAAUGCUGAGCAAAGCGCAAAUGUUGCUUGAUAGCCUUAGUCCGGAGCAGCGACGCAAUGCCGAGCGGAAGAUCGUGCAUUUUCUAUGCGAAUGCCAAAUAAAAACUCUGGAUGGCGACGAGAUUGAGGACGUGGCGCCAUGCCAGAUCUACAACUGCUAGAUACAAUUUGAAUAUUAGUUUAAGCGGAAAGUGUUCAAGUCAUACGCACAUACAUAUGUGGUAUAUGAAUAAAAUUAAGGUUUCGUUAGCUUAAUUAA